CAGGACAAAGCACUAGUCCGCUGACGCAUGACCGAUUCAGUUUUGCAUGCUUGCUCCAGCAGUGCGAUAGUGAGGGUGCUCAUUGAGUGCAUGGACACCAUUCUCCUGAUUGAUAGUUUUAUGAGUUUGUUGUGCGUAGCAGGAGUGCAAUUGAUAAGGAAGCGCAACAGGUUCUGAUACUCUCUAGUGGCAAGUAUAUAACGAGAGUGCUCGGUUCGAUUAGUUCUUAGUUUGUUUAAACCCGUGCGGUCGUGUGUGGUGCGAUUUAAGUUUCCCGUUGCAAAUGAUGAACCGCCAACCACCGGCGUAUUGCAUAAUUGGUGCUGGGAAGGCUGGGAUAGCCGCGGCCAGGCGAGUGCUGGAAGCGGGCGGCCAAGUUGUACUGUUCGAACAGACUGACCAAAUUGGAGGUACCUGGAACUACACGGACGCCGUGGGAAAGGACAAGUAUGGGUUGGAUAUCCACACUAGCAUGUACCAAGGGUUGCGGACGAACCUACCGAAGGAAGUUAUGGGUUUUCCGGAUUUUCCGAUUCCUGAGCAAGAAGAGUCCUACAUUCCGGCGGAGGAUGUUCUAAGGUUUCUUCGGUCAUAUGCGGAUACUUUUGACGUUACUCGGCAUGUGCGGCUUGAACACCACGUUAUGUUUGUUGAGCCGUCCGAUCAAGCUGGAAACUGGAAAGUGCAUGUGAAAAAUUUACCGCUGAACAAGGUGGAAACCUUUCUUUUUGAUUUUGUGUUUGUUUGCAAUGGCCAUUAUCAUACACCGAUGAUACCGAAGUAUCGUAACAUGCAAAUGUAUCGGGGAAAACAAUUGCACAGUCAUGACUACCGCUCACCAAAGCAUUUUCAAGGAGAAAUUGUACUUGUAAUAGGCGCGGGUCCAUCUGGGAUGGAUUUGGCUUUGGAAAUAUCCAAAACAGCAUGGCUCGUGAUUAUGAGUCACCAUACGAAAGAACCGUUCAAAACCGUCUUCCCGAACAACCUAAAACAAAAGCCGGACGUCAAAGAGCUUACAUCCCGCGGAGCCCUAUUUGUGGAUGGCACACACAGCGACUGCACCGUCAUACUGUACUGCACCGGAUACCGGUACAGUUUUCCUUUUCUCAGCCUCAGCAGUGGAAUCACGGUUGACGACAAUUGUGUGCAACCGUUGUACAAGCAUUGCAUCAACAUCAAUCACCCCACGAUGGCCUUCAUCGGACUUCCGUAUUACGUUUGUGCGGCACAGAUGUUCGACUUACAGGCAAGAUUCUGUCUCCGGUAUUAUACCGGCGAGGAGAAGCUACCCACCAAAGACGAGAUGCUAGCCGAUAUGCAACAACAGAUGGAACAACGAUGGAAGGAAGGCUACCGCAAGCGGCAGGCUCACAUGAUGGGCCCCGCUCAAGGGGAUUACUAUCACGAUCUUGCCAAGACGGCCGGACUGGAUGCGAUCAAACCGGUGAUGACGAAACUGCACAACGAAAGCAGCCAGCGCUUUAAUGAUGAUUUGCUACACUUUAGAGACGAUAUUUUUCGGAUAGUGGACGAUGAAACGUUUGUGGAAGUGAUUCGAGCUAGACAAAACUAGUUUUAUGGCAUAAGAGUCUCCAUUAGUGAAUACAUUUAAGCUUAAAAAAUCUACAAUUUUUGUGAAUAAAUUAUAAUAAUUAGGCAUGAAAAAUAGAAAAUAUAUUCCUUAUGGAAAGGAAUCGGUUAAAAGUGAGAUAGUUCACUGA